AUGGACCCGUCUAUUGCCGCGCAUCAUACGAGUAUCUGGGAGCGGAGUCCCGAUGAGAGUGUUACCAUUAGUGUUCAUGGGGACCGGGAGCGCGAGGUUGAAGUCGACGCGGCGCCCAGGAAGAGGAGGAGGAAGUACAUUGCUAAGGCUUGCAACGAAUGCAAGCGACGAAAGAUUAAAUGUAACGGCGAGCGUCCAUGCGGGAGAUGCGGAAGGCAGCGGAUAUCAUGCAUCUACGACAAUGCCCAUGAGCCUGGGGGCAAUGAGACAAUCGGAAUUGAGCGGUUGUAUGAGCAGAUGAACGCCAUGCAAGCUCAGAUCAGUGCCCUUACAGCAUCUGUCCAUGCGCUAGCCCAGAAUAACGCCACUGGUCAGGGGUUGCGUCAAGAGGCUCCACCACGACUACACCGACGUUUUUCCAUGGCGGCAAAGGAAUUGACUUUCCAGGGCCCGACCACGUCUGGCUUUAGCUUCGAUCUGGCGAAGUCAAGUCUCAAAGAGCGUGGAAUUGAAGUUGAGCGCAAUGAAGAUAUGACGCGAGAGCCAUCGCCAUUGCCGACUCCACCGUCGCCGUCGCCCGGAUCCUGCCAUGUCGGAGAUCCCUUAUGGAGCAUCAGCAAGACGGAAGCUCUCCGGCUUUGCCGGGUGUAUGAUGAGGAGAUGGGAGCUAUGUAUCCGGUGGUAGAGCUCGAUCAGCUCUUGCACAAUGUUAACCUGCUAUAUGGACCUACCGACGCAGGCUCCUGGCCUCGAGCUCCUGCUUACCCACAAGGCGAUGAAGGUUUGGAUAGUGACGACGUGAAUAUCCUGCGGCUGGUGUUUGCCUGCGCUCUGACAGCAGAAGCGAGUGGUAGUAGUGAAUUAGCGAUGAGUUUGUUUGAGACUGUUCGAGACGCUGCCGACCACUAUGUCUGGGCGGUCCCCGAGAUCAAAAGCAUCACGUUGCUGGCACUUGUGGCGAUUCUGUACUUUCAAAUCGACGAGGAGACUCUGGCGUGGCGGACGAUCGGGAUUGUGGAACGCAUGUGCUUGGAGAAAGGGCUACAUCGCAGAGAAACACUGAAGCACCCGGCUAUCAUAGCAGCAGGAAAGAACCGAGUACUUAAGUUAUUCUGGUCGGUGCGCGUACUGGAUCUGAGGUGGAGCUUUGGAACCGGCAUGCCGUACAGUAUUGAUGAUUCCGACAUAGAUCCAUGGCUUUCAGAGCCGGAAGAGGACUCGUCAUACUUGCGCGUAAUGAUUCGGUAUAGUCGGAUUGCAGCAAAGGUGUGGAGGUUCAUAUCAGCAUUCAACAACACCAACGAAAUCAAGAAGGACGAGAUGAAUUACCUAGACUGGCAGGUACAGCAGUGGGUCGCCACGCUUCCGGACUCUCUGCGUUUGCGGAACCCAUCAGGCUAUGCAGAAGGCGAGACGCGAAGCCUUCGCCGACUCCGUUCCUUGGUGUAUCUUCGAGCAAACCAGCUGCGUAUGCUUAUUCAUCGCCCUGUCCUUCACUCUGCAGCACAUAUGAUGCGCUUCCCGGCCGAGUCGCAGACCGUGGUCGACAUGGCCAAGGACUCUAUCCGAUUUAUCACCCAGCUCCACGCAUCGUCAGACAUAUACCAGCUGCAGCAGGUGGUCUUCAACUGGUUUCUAGUGUCGGCAUUGAUGGCAUUGUUUCUUGCUGUCGCCCAGAUACCCAGCCAGUACAGCACCGCUUGUCGGGAGGAGUUUUAUAUGGCGCUGGAGCUGGUUAAAGGGGUGUCAACACGGUCGUACAUCUCACGGCGGCUGUGGAAGUCGAUCAAGGGACUUCGUCGGCUUGGACCCCAAUUAAUGCAUAGGCAAAGCGACGGUGAUGGUGCUACCGUUGAAGGCAUCGUCGAUCAGGCAGUGUCGGCUGGUGCUCAGAGCCAGACACCAGAUGGAGUUCAGAUGACGCAGGAGCUGAAGGAGUGGUUCGAGGCAGUCGGCAAUCUGGAAGAUCAAAUCAUGGGAGUCGGAUCGCUCGACGCUUUCCAGGAAGGGUAUAUGCUGGAUUACAGCAACGAAUUGUCAAGCAUGAUGAAGGAUUGCUUUUGA